UAGUCACAAAUACAAAUUUACUGUAAAGAUAGCAAUGAAAUGUUUAUUAAAUGAAUUUAUUUAUGAUUAUUUAAACAUCACGUGGUACAAAAUACAUGCUUGACACAUUUUACUGAAAAAUUCCAAUUCGGUUGCCAUUGUUAUCUGUAGCUGACUAAUAAUGGAAUAUAUAUUUUACUAUACUUAGUGAUACUUCAUGACUUUAGCAUCAUAUUGAGAAAGUGUUCAUGCUACUUUAUUCAGUAAACAAUUAGAAUGUAAAUGUGUGUGUAUGUAUGUAUGUAUGUAUGUAUGUAUGUAUGUAUGUAUGUAUGUAUGUAUGUAUGUAUGUAUGUAUGUAUGUAUGUAUGUAUGUAUGUAUGUAUGUAUGUAUGUAUGUAUGUAUGUAUGUAUGUAUGUAUGUAUGUAUGUAUAUAUAUAUAUAUAUAUAUUGGGGCUGUCAAUUGAUUAAAAUAUUUGAUCGUGAUUGAUCACAUUAAUCGCAUAGUUAACUCACAAUUAAUCAUAUUUCAUCCCAGAUAGAAAUAAGUUUAUUAAUAAAUAAGUGUCAGCUCCAAAUAAGAUUAGUUUAUUUAUCAUACUGGUUUUAAAUUCUAAAUGCUUGUUAGUAAAAAGCCUAUUUAGGAACAUUCAAUGCACCUUUCCUUCAUGAAAUGUACAAAUGAAAAUAGUCAUAAUAAUAAUUUAUCCAAAUUGCAAACCUGUCAUGUCGUUACAUUUCUCUUUUAAAACACAUUAAAAUACCUAGAAAUUCAUCAUUAUAUUACAGUAAAAUUAUUUUAUUACAAUACUGUAACUAUUUCCACGUUUUUUUUAAUGUUUGAUGCGAUUUGUCCUACUUUUUCGACGGUCAUUGAACGCAGCGACGGACUUCUCCGAUGCCCAGAGGGCUGUAUGGAUGUAUUUGGAUGUAUUUUACCCCUAUUUCUUUCAACUUAUACUCCCUCCCGAAUGCUGAUACUAUGUGGGAAUGCGUAAAGACACCUCAGUGUGUCAUACCAAGACACACAGUCAAUCCUCAGUGGAGGGCAGCAAUGAUGUUCUUACCAGAAAACGGAAUGGUUUAUCUGUGGAGGCCCCCACCUACCAGAACCUGCAUCGGGAGCUCCUUCUCAGCCAUAAACAGGGCCUGCUGUUGGAGGAGAAGCCUGAAUUGAAGCGUGUGUUGGAGCAACGCCGGCUGGAGCUGCACAAGGAACAGGAGAUGGCUCAGCGACAGCCCUCGGACCUGGAGACGGAGCUCCGCAAGAGACAACAAAAGCUUAAAGAGUAUGAGCAGGAGGCCAUCAGGCAGAAAGAGAGCGAACAGAAAAUACCAGAGUUUGUUCGUGUGAAGGACAACUUGAGACGCACACAGAUGUCGGAACAGUGAGACCCCAAAAGUCACCCCGCCCCCGAUGACUGCAUUUUGUUAGUGUGUAUUGAUUAUGUAUUCUACCAACGCAUAGCAACAUAAGUGUUUUUCACUGUUCUCUUUGUGUUGAUUAUGGAAUACAGGGGGACGUAUCGCAACGUUUUUUUACUGUCAUGAUGCUGUAUUAUUUAUUCUUUCAAUCAUAUCAUCUCCGUUCUCCUAUAAGACAUCUCCAGGAUGUUUUGGGUCCCCAGUGUAACAAAUGGAAUAGCUCCUGUCCUGACUUUUAGUGUGCAGUUUAAUAAAGCUGUUGAUUUGCAGAGAAUGACGUGAUGUUUUAUUGGACACUAUUGGACG